UAUAUUUACAACUUUUUCAAGAAAUACUAGUAGUAUUUUUUAACUGUUGAAAUGAGUUAAAUUCCUUUACAUUCUUUAUCUGCUAAUAUUAUUCGUUGAAAUAUCUCUGUACUGAAACAACUAUUAUUAUUAUAUGGAUUUCCAGGAGCCCUAUGGAUUAUGCUGUGUUUCAGUAAUUCAGUGUCUAUAUAUUUCAAUUAUCUUCAAUAAAAACUAAUUUACUGUUGAAAAGAGUGAAGUUGUUGUUUUAUUAGUGCAAAAUCAUUAUAAUGGAUUCAAGGACUCGUUUGGAUUAUGCUCUGUUUCAGCUCACUCCAACAAGAACAAGAUGCGAUCUUGUAAUCUUUGCUGGUAACAAUUCGGAGAAAUUAGCUUCUGGUUUGCUUGAACCUUUUCUCAUUCAUCUCAAAUCCGCUAAAGAUCAGAUAUCUAAAGGAGGAUAUUCAAUUACUCUUCGACCUUCAAUCACUAAUGUUUCUUGGUUCACCAAAGCAACUUUACAAAGGUUUGUGAGAUUUGUUAGUACUCCUGAAAUUGUUGAGCGAUUUGUCACCAUAGAAAGAGAAAUUACACAGAUUGAGAGUGAACAAGCUAAUGGCAGUAUCAAUGUUGAAGGAACAAGUGCAUCAGCUUUUGAUGGAGAUUCCAAAUUCUCUGCUGGUUUUUCAAAGUCCAAUGGUGAAUCUGAUGGUGUUGGUGAUGCACAAGAAGAAAAUCCCAAGAUUCGUCUUCAACGAGUUCUAGAAAGCAGAAAAGCAGUUUUAAGGAAAGAGCAAGCAAUGGCAUACGCUCGCGCUUUGGUAUCUGGCUUUGAUAUGGAUAAUUUGGACGAACUCAUAUCUUUUUCCAAUGCUUUUGGCGCUCUGCGUUUAAGAGAAGCAUGCAUUAAGUUUAUGGAGCUGUGCAACAAAAAGAGAGAUGAUGGAAUCUGGAUGGAUGAAGUGGCUGCCCUUCAGGCCUACUCUCCUUCUGAAUUUUCGUAUUUUGGGAGAUCCGGGAUCACGCUUGCUGCUGAACAUAGCGAUGUUACUCAAGAUAUCAUGAUGAACAAUCAAAAUAUUGGCCUCUCCAUCAGGAAACAGAAUGAUGAUACUAUAAGUAAUGGAAGUGUAGAUACUAAUCAAGAAAAUGGUUUACCACCACCCAUCAAAGUCCACUCAACAGAUGGGAAAUCACAACCAAUAUGGCCAAAUAGUCUACCACCUUACACGCAAAACUAUCAAAAUUCUGCAUUUCAACAAAUUUCACCAUAUCCAGGAUACAUGUUUUCGGGCAAUCCUACAUACUAUCCUGGAAUGCCAUGGCCUGCAAAUCCAGAAGAUUUUAGUCGAGGUCCCGGUCCUGAAUCAGAUUAUAGUUGGACGAAUAAACCACCUUUCAAGAACAAGAAGAGAUAUUCGAAUGGGGAGAGGCAUGAAAGCAACAAUUCAAGCUCUAACAGUGCUUCUGAUGACUAUGAAGAGAAUAAGAAAAUGCAUCAGGGGAAAAGCUCAUCAAGAAAAGUUGUUAUCCGCAACAUAAACUACAUAGCCUCGAAUAGAAAUGAACAAAGUGAUCACAGCAGCACCGAGGAUAGUUCGUCUGAUGAGGAUGGAUCCACUGAUGCAGAAUCCCUCAGAAAGCAGGUAGAGGAAGCAGUUGGAUCAUGGGAGAGGCAUCAUAACUCAAUGUCUCGCAACAAGAAGAAACGAGAUGGAAAGAAGAGAAACAAAAGUGGUGUUAAUAUAUCAAAUGGUACUUCUAAGGAGGACACUAAGGAUGAAGCAACCAACACUGGUAAGAAUUGGGAUAUCUUCCAGAACAUUCUUAUGCAAGAUGCAGAUUCAAGAACCGAUGACACAGGGACAAAAAGUGUCCAGGAAGAGUACUUGGUGACAAAAAAAGUGACACCUUCAACUGAUUCUCUUAUUGUGACUGAGAGACACCUAGGACAUGAAGAUGAAAUCACGCGACAAAACAUGGGGGAAGAGAAGAGGCUUCGACCAGUUACAAGAAGAGAGAGCAUAGAAGAAGAAUUGUUAUUUUCGCAUAGAGCUCAGGAACCAAACGGUUCUCCUCAGUCUAUCUUGUCGAAUAGUGCCACAGAACGAAUAGUCCUUAAGAGCCAAAAAGAGGAUGAUUGGUUAGUUGGCAAUCUAAUAAAUAAAUCAACAUAUCAAGGAAAAAGCUCAGAUCAAAAUAUCUUUAUUGGAGAUUAUGCUUCAGCCUCUCAUGAUGAACAUUUGAAGAGCGGGAAAGAUAAGAAAGGUGUUCAAUUUGAUGACUCCAUUGUGGUUCAAGCCCAUUCAGUUGAUACCUCGUCUGAUUAUCACCACCAAACAGACAUUUUCAUGGUUUCAGACAUCAUCGGAGCUGAACAAGUUAAGCACAACAUGCCUAAUCAUGUGGAGGAUAAGCUUAAUCCCUCUGAUGCAUGUGAACCAAAUGACCUUUUCAUGGUCCUUGGAAGGGACUCAGCCACUGAGCAAGUUUCAGCCUCUCGGAAUCCUGAAAUGUAUGACGAAAAUGAUGUCUUCCUGUCUGAAACUAUUAAGAGUCACACUGAAGCCAGACCUGCUUCUGCUGAUACGAAGCUUCAAAAAAAGGGCGAAGGAACCAACAAAAGGAUCAGUAAGGACCUUGGACGAAAGGCAGUUAGCAAAGAACCAAAAUCUAAACCUUCAUCAAUUGGAUCUCUUGGAAGGACCAAAUCUGAUACAUCAUCAAGAAUCAAGAAAUCGCCUUCCACAUUGCAGAAGAGCAAAGCUGAGAAGGACGAGGAGAGUAGAAAGAAAUUGGAACAAUCAUUAUUGCAGCGUCAAAAGAGAAUUGCAGAAAGAAGUGAUGCCACUGGUUUAACUAAACCAACUUCAAGGAAGAAUCCAAAAGAGUCAGCCACAUUGUCAAAAACUGAGAAGCCAAAACCUGAGGCUCCAACUGAGGCAACGAAUAGAUUACAUAAGCCAGUUUGUAAGAGUUCCACUGUAGAACGCCUCGCCUCUGCAAGGACAGCUAAGGAUCAAUCCACUGAAUCAAAAAUCACUCCAAACAAGAAACCAAGUCAAAAGGAGAACAAAGUGAUUGCUCCAUCAAGGAAAUCAGCUGGAAAAGAAAGUAAGCAAGGUCCCCGUAAGGUCAAGGCUUCGGAUACCAAAGUUCAUGGAAAAGGUCAUUCUUCAUCUGAUCCUCAGAAGGAAAAAGAUAACAAGAACGAUAAAAAAAUAAUGUCAACUGAACGUGUAUCUGAACUAAGACCACACACUUCAAAUAAAAUCAUUGAUGAAAAAAACACAGAGGAGGUACGUAGCAUAUCAUUAAACGAGAAGAAGAUAGAUACACCUAUGCUUUCUGCUGAACAUUCAAUAGAUGACAAGAAACAAAGUUCUAACAAGGCUGUAAAGUUUUUACUGCCUGAAGUUGAAACCUCAGCAGCAGUUGAUGAUGCUAUUGGAGUUAUACGUUCUCUGACUUCCUCUGUAUCGAACGUGCAUUUGGACAGUAACAUAAAUUUGGACACUCCAGUGUGCCAAGAGAUGCUCUCUAAUGAAGUAACCACCCCACCUCCAAAUAAUGAAAUGAACCUCGAGACGAAUCAAGGAAGAAGGAAAUGGACAACUGAUGAAAGCUCAUUUAAAGUUACCACAGGAUUCAGAAAGCUUCUUUAUUUUGGUCGAAAAAACUGAAUCGUUCCUUGUGUUCAAGUCAUGCCAUUUUCUGUAUCGAUAUUAUACAGAAAGCUGCAUGUUUUGACAUUCCUUAUUGCUGUGUAAAUUCUGUGUGAUGAGUGUUGUGGUUUUUAUUCAAUAAAAUCUUGUAUCUUAAAAGAAAAGAAAGAUUCAUUUAAUUCUCUUUUAUUGUUUGUUUUUAUGAA